GGGGGAUUAGCUCAGCGUCGGUGCCCAGUGUCCUUUUUAGAUCACAAGACUUGAUUGAGAGAGAAGCUACCAGACAGAAACACGAUCGCACCUGCUCGUCCUCCUCGGCCAGUGUCAGCAUCUCUCCAUCCAGACCCGGCGUCCAAGCAUGUCUCUGUCCGGCGCGCAGACACCAGAGGACGGACUCUGUGGCUCCUGGGUCGAGCUGGAGGAGCUGAUCGCAGCCGUGAGCUGCAGGGAGAGUCUGACAGGGCCGCAGGACAGCAUGUCCUCCGUCCUGCAGGGGGAGCUGGAGAGGAUCCUCCUGGAGGCGCAGCUGGAGUGCGAGAGGAGUCGAGACAGUCCUCCACAGGGGGGGACUCCACCCUCCCCCGGUUCCCCGAGACCCAGUAGUGAGCAGGACAGCGACUGCAUCACCAUACAGGAGGAAGCUGAGCGGCGGGUGGACACUGACUGGGUUUGGGACUGGUCCAGUCGACCUGAAAAUAUGCCACUAAAAGAGUUUGUGUUUCAGCACCCGAAGCAGCAGGGCUCCUUCAGCGUGAGGAAGACGGAGGUGAUGAAGAGAGGGAUCUUCUCCUCCGACGUUCUCCUCAUCCUUGUUCCCUCUCUGCUGGCUUCACACCUGCUCACACUUGGAGUCGGGAUCUACAUAGGGAAGCGAUUGGCUGCUUCUACAACUAGCACGCUGUGACGUCGGCUGUAGCCCAGCGCAACAUUGGCCAAUAAGGUCAGACUGUUAGCGCACUAAUCUGCCUCCUUCCUCCUUCAUCAUCACGGGCAACCUUAGGACCCUGCCCGCCUGUACCUCCACCCAGCAGCACUCCGUCAGCCCGGUCGUAGCGCCCGGAGAGCGGAUGGAUGCCGACCAGAGUAACACUGAUCACAACCAUCAAAAGCAUAAUCAGAGGAGAGGCUUCCCCGUACACGAGAAGGAGAGAGUUUCAGAUAGAACAAUAAAUCCCUUUGAUAGGACCAGAUGAAAACAGAUAAUGUGUGGUGACCUCUGACGAAGCUGAAUGUGUCAUUUGUCAAAAGUAAAGACGUGUGUAACCCUGAGCUGCUGGAAGUGUGUCAUGUUGUAGGCUGAGUGAAGCAGGAGUGGCUCUGGUUGUGCUUUUUGUCCCGUAAACCAAUUCAAUAUUUGACCUCCAACAAAGACAAUCAUGAUCCCAUUAAACUUCACUCCUCAAAACCUUUAACGUGACUCUCCAGC